AUCCCACUGCACGGUUGGGAAAAUUACAGAUUUGGGAGGGGGGAAAAUUACAGAUUUGUUUUUUUGGGAAAUUCUUAAAAUUCUCUCCAAAGAACUUCUAAAUUUAGCUCAAUAAAUACACCAACAACACCAUCUUCCCUGCAUUAAACCUUCUCACUCUUCCUCCAUAAUGAGUUAGCAUUAAGUUCACUUUCUUCCCUUUGCAUUUAUGGCUGCCUCCUCCUUUUCCACACACACACAAUCUGAUUUUGAAGAUGCUGUCUUGCCACCACUGGUUGAGGUACCCUUUGCAGCAGCUUUUAACAGUCCUGAAAUAGAAAGGGGAAACUGCAUUUCUGGUGUACACGCAAGGAAUGAAAGAAGGAAGAAAGUUAUCGAUGCGAUACUACAAAAAUACAAGGACGGCAAACUUCAGCACGGUUGUAUCAAGUCAGUAGCUAAUGACUUCAAGAUUUCAGAUCGUUCGGUAAGAGACCUUUGGAGAAUUGCUAAAGCUCAACUGGACACAGGCCUUGCUAUUGAUGUUUCCUGUAGGUGGCAAGGAAAUACAGGGAAAAAAUCUCCGACUAAGGACUUUUCCAAGCUUAGCCAGCUUCCUUUUCACCAACGCCAGGCCCUACGUGCAAUAAGUCAUUUCUUGAAUGUGUCUACUACAACAGCACACAGGUGGCUGAAGGAGAAAAAGAUAAAAAGACAUUCUAAUGCCAUAAAGCCAUUUCUGUGUGAAAAAGGUAAGUUGAAAAGACUCAAGUAUUGUUUGUCUUUUAUAUCUCCCACAUCACUUCCAAACCCCACAUUUUAUGACUGUUAUGAUUACAUUCACAUCGAUGAAAAGUGGUUUAAUUUGAGCAAGCCCAAAGCAACAUUCUACACACUGCCUGGUGAAGAUGACCCAUACAGAACCAUGGAAAUCAAAGCAGUACCAAAAAUAACAAGGGAUGUAAUGAGAUCCAUGAUGAUUCAGCAGUUGCUGCCAGCAAUAAGCGCCAAGUGGCCAGGGACAAGCAAGCAAGUUAUCAUACAACAGGAUAAUGCUAAACCACAUAUAGAUAUUAAUGAUCCUGAAUUUGUGAGUGCUUCAAAGGAAGGUGAUUGGGACAUUCAACUACAGUUUCAGCCCCCAAACAGUCCAGACUUGAAUGUCCUUGACCUUGGUUUCUUUAGGUCAAUAGAUGCUUUGUCAGACAAGACUGCACCAAGGUCAAUGAGGGAGUUGAUCACCAAUGUGACCAUGUCUUAUGACCAACUCACAGCCCAUACCUUAAAUAAUGUUUUCCUUACCUAUCAGGAGGUAAUGGGUGAGGUCCUUAAGCAGAAAGGGGGAAAUGACUAUAAAAUACCACAUAUGGGCAAAGAAAGGUUAGCCAGGCAAGGAAUGCUGCCUGAGAACAUACAUGUGGAUGCUCAAGUCUAUGAAGAUGAUGUCCAGUUCUCAGAAAGCAACACUUAAGGGCCAAAGGACAGUACUUUUGUGUAACUCUUUUUUUGGUUUGUACUUGUACACACAACAACACACUUUUUUUUGCUUUUUGGUAGUGUUUAGUAAUAGUGUGCAGGCUUGUGUAAUGAUGUGGUACUAGAUCCUCAAUGUAAAAUAUUAAGCUGGGACUGAAUAUCAAUCAUAGGCAGAUAAAAUGCCUCAAAACUCAACUUUGUUCUACAAUCAUAGGCAUAUAAAGGGGCAGGCAUGUCUAGGGACUUAAACCAUGGUUGGGCUGCCUCAGAAAUUCAUUU